CGAAACACGUGUAAGACCGAGAAAAAUACACAUUUUACAAUAUAUUUAACAAUUUAACCAUAUUCCUGAAGACUGAUUGCUUGAUUGUACGCACUAGAGGUUUCCUUAGAAUCUAAGGACAUUACUGGAUAAAAAUUUCAUGAUAUUAUGUCGUCCAAGUUGGUGAAAAAGGGACUUGAUUUUGUGUCGUCAACAAACGAGUCUAUACAAGAGAAGCGUAAAAAUUCACAGAAAAAGAAAAGAAAAUCAAAGAAAGAGAGUAAUGGAUGCUUCAUAUCAGGGUUUAUCUACUAUUGCAAGGUACAGAAAAAAGACGACUUUACACAGCAAAAUCUAAAAUACUUCAAGCAUUCAGCUUGGAGUAUCAAAAAAGACACUUAUGAAAAGAUUGUACAACAUCAAGAGAAAAAAWUAAAGAAGGAAGAAAAUCCAACCACAGAAGAAAUUGAGGAUGAUUAAUUGCUUUGAAGAAAUAAAAGUCAAAGCUGCGACUGAGAUGAUGAAGUAAGAACUCCUCAUAUUUUAUCAUCACAAGCUGCUUUCACUAAUUGACAAGCUAGACGCGUUUUUAAUUAAAAUAUCACUUGUUUUCAUAGCUGCUAUCUUGGUUGAACUCUACAUACCCAGGAUGAAAGGCUAAACUACCAACUAGGAGCAUGUUGCCUUUGACAAUUUUAAAUUAGAGGCUCUCGGAAUUAUUUUGAAUGAAUGUGAAUAUUGGCAUUUGAAGCUGAUUAACAUUUGAAGCUGUGAUGUUUAGGUGGUGCAAAAGAAACCCUUCCACCGUCUCAUAUACAGUCAUAUACCACAAGAAAAUAAAGAAAGAGAAGGAAUCUCUUAUAUUUAGGUUUGUAACAUACUAAGGCAUCAUUGAUGCUAUUAUUAAGGCACUUUUCAUUAAGUUGAAACUGAUUGGCCCGAGCAGCCAGUUCUGAAAUGGUACAUGACAGUUCUUAGAAUCUGAACCAACGCAGCCAAAAGGACUGACACUUACCAUUUAAGAACUUUUUGUGGGGAGGGGGGGGCACCUGAUUGGUUCAAAAUCAUCUCAGACAAGGUGGCAUAGGCCUUUCAGUCUAACUAAGAAAUAUGAGUAAUUUAAAAAUAGCAUUAAAGAGUGUGCCUGGGGCGCAGAGAUUCCUUUUCUUACUUCAUUUUCUCUCAGGGAUACUCAAGAGUUUGUUAUAGAACAAAAUAAAAUUAUAUGGAUAUGAUAA